AUGGUCCUCAACGGCCUGCCUGAGUGCCUCUGCGACCUGCAUGACGGCAUGCCGCCUGCCAUCCAGCAAACGCCCAUGCGUCUGCUUAAGAUCAAGGCGGUGUUGACGUGGAAGAUACUUAAAGCGUACGAGGACGUGGAACCCGAGACGGAGUGCCAUCAGUUGCCGUACAUGGAUACAGAUGAUGAUCUGUGGAAACGGGUGGUGACGGUCAGCUGGAGAUGGUCAGAACAGAAGCCAGCGGAGCAUAAGAAGGACUUCUCGCCCAUGUCGAACGCACAGUUCCAGGAGUUGUGCACGCUGCUGAAAUUUGCGGGGGACAAUGGCAUUGACUACGUCUGGAUCGAUUGGUCCUGCGUCCCGCAAUACUCGGAGGACUCCAUGGUUGAGGUGCACAGGAGCAAGGUCUUUUACGCACGGGCACGAGCCAUGCGUGUGCUACCCACCUUCCGGCCGCUGCCAGCCGAGGGUCCCGUGCGGCUAAUCUUGGUAAAGGCCAAAAAGGUGCUCAGCAAGCGUGCCGACGCGGGUUCCGUCCGUUGCGCCGUCGCAUCGUCCAUCGUCGCGGCAAUCCUCGCUAAAAAUAUGGUCGCCGGUCGAGAAUAUUUUGGCCGUGUGUGGACGCUGGCGGAGCGCAUGGCACGCUUUGGGCGCAACGAGGGUCUGUGCCAAUGGCUGUCGCUGGAGAGCUGGCUGGGUAUGGUCGUCGAUGCCAUGCUUAAAAGCACCGAGGACAAGACAUCCUCCGUGAUCUACAAAAAAAUGUUGGGCACCAAGGCAGCAGGACUGCUGGAUGCGGUGCUAGACCCGCUGGCCGCGGCGGUGCGCACCGGCAGCGUGCAGGCCCGCGCGUGCGAGGGCCUAGAGACGAGGGUCGCGGAGCUUUGUAUGGCCGCUGUGAGCGUCUGGCUGUCGCCCAGCCUGCUCGCGGAAGCUCCCACUAGCAACUGGCUACACAACUACCUGGGUGUGGAGGCACGUUCGGGAGUCUACCAGGCGUGGAAUGAGGCGGAUCGCGUGUGGGCCAUUUACAGUUACUUUUGCUGGAAGCAGAACUUGGACCAGCGCUCCGCGGAGGGGCUGCGGAUUGCGCUGGAGGACCUGGUGGAGGUUGCGGCGGGCGAUCGCAGCGUCUACGUCAGGGGCAUGUUUGCGCAGUUGCGCGUAGACGAGAAUGCGACACCUGUGAUGGAAAUUGUGCCUCAGCCCGGCAAGCCGUCCCGCCCGUCCUCGUCGCGCUCGGCGUCUACUAGGCCACCCUCAGCUAGGACUCAGGAGGAAAUUGAGCGCCGGAAAAAGGAGGAAGAGGCCAUCGCCGCUGCCGCAGAGCGCAGGCGGAAAGAGGAGGCUGCACUGACGGCCUCCAUUGAACGUCGGCGGCUAGAAGAGGAAGCAGCGGCGGCAGCGGCGGCGGAACGCCGUCGGCAGGAGGAAGCUGCAGCUGCAGCGGCCAGCGAACGCAGAAAGGCAGAAGAAGCGGCCGCAACGGCCGCCGUCACUGCGCGCCAAAAACAGGAGGAGGCGGCUGCGGCCGCGGCCGCUGAGCGCAGAAAGCUUGAGGAGGCGGCAGAGGCAGCAGCUCUCGAGCGGAAGAAGCAAGAAGAGGCGGCUGCGGCAGCAGCAGCGGCGCGAAAGAAAAAGGAGGAGGAAGCCGCUGCGGCAGCAGCAGCUGAAAAGAAGAAGCAGGAGGAGAUGGCUGCGGCAAUUGCGGCUGGCAAGCCAACUCCGGGAGCGAAGGUGACGAUCAAGUACGUGUCGAUUGACGUUGCCAAAGUGGCCCAGAGCGGCCACGGUGGCUGGACCACUACAAUGGAGAAGAUGCUGGGCAAGACGGGCGUGGUGGAGAGCGUGGACAAGGAUGGCGAUGUGCGCGUCAAGUUGGACGACGGCAGCGGCAGCAUGCUGUGGAACCCGUCCCUCAUAACGCUGGGUGGGACGCCUGCCGCGGUGGUGCUGCCGUCUGCGCUCAGCUCAGCACGUAUCGGCAAGAACGCGGCGCUCAACGACAAGUACACCGUGCGUUUCGUUACCAAUUCAUCCGAUGUGGGAGCCGUACAGGCCGAUUUCCCUGCACCGGCAUCCAGCCUGGUCUACUAUUUUGAGAUGACAGUUGUAGAGCCGGGCGCCAUGGGCACCAUUGGGCUGGGCUAUGCACCCAGCAGCCACGACACCUCGCACCACGUUGGUUGGGACUCGGGCACUUUUGGCUUUCAUGGCGAUGACGGCAAUACCUUCUUCGAGGGUCGCGCUGAAUACUAUGGCUUUAAGUAUGGCAAGGGUGACGUAGUGGGCGCGGCGCUGGACUUUCAGCGGAAGGAGAUCUUUUUCACGAAAAACGGUACCAAGGGCAAAGCCAUCUCUGUCAACAUCAACAACCUCCUCUACCCAACCGUGAGCCUGCACAGCGUUGGCGAGGUGGUCUCCGUCAACUUUGGGCAGAAGCCCUUUGCAUUCAAUACCGAGCCUUACAAGAUCAAGGUGGGCGACAAGGUGGCCAUCAAGAACAUCCCAUUGGAUGCGGCAAAGGCGGCGCAGGCUGGCCAUGGUGGCUGGGGAUCGUCUAUGGACAAGAUGCUGGGCAAGACGGGCGUGGUGGAGAGCAUCGACAAGGAUGGCGACGUGCGCGUCAAGAUGGACGACGGCAGCGGCAGCAUGUUGUGGAAUCCGGUGCUGGUCGUGCCGAACGCGGCCGCCCUGUCGCCCUUACGCGCGGGUGUCAGAGUGACGAUCAAGAGCGUCUCGGUCUCAGAGGCACAGGCCUCGCAGAGCGGCCACGGUGGCUGGGCCACUUCAAUGGAGAAGAUGCUGGGCAAGACGGGCGUGGUGGAGAGCGUGGACAAGGAUGGUGACGUGCGUGUCAAGAUGGACGACGGCAGCGGCAGCAUGCUGUGGAACCCGUCCCUCAUAACGCUGGGCGGCGCAGCACCGGCGCCCGAGCCGGCCACAGCUCCGAGCCCGUCUGCCGGGCAAAUAGCCGUCGGCGCCAAGGUCAGCAUUAAAGCUGUGCCGGUCUCGGAGGCUCAGACCGCACAGAGCGGCCACGGUGGCUGGGUGGCAGCCAUGGAGAAAAUGCUGGGCAUGCCAGGUGUCGUGGAGAGCAUCGACAAGGACGGUGAUGUGAAAGUCAAGAUGGAUGCCGGUGGCGAUUCCAAGUUGUGGAACCCUAAGUUGGUACUACCUGGCGUGGUGAUGCCGACCACAUCGCUUUCAUUGGGGAGUAAGGCAUACAUCAAAAACUUAUCCGUGGAAGAAGCCAAGGCGGCCCAGGACGGACAUGGCGGUUGGAACAGCAACAUGGGCAAGUAUCUGGGAAAGAUCGGCACCUUGUCUUACAAGUACAGCGACGGCGAUGUCAAGGUCAAGUUUGAAGGCGGCGACGAAUAUUGCUGGUACUGGGGCCUGGUCUUGCCGGCACCGACGGAGGCUGCAACCCCUGCAAAGCCCUCCUUCUCGGCGGGUGCCAAGGUCACUAUCAAGAGCGUCUCGGUCGACGAAGCCAAAGCCGCCCAAAGUGGCCAUGGCGGCUGGGCGACAGCCAUGGAGAAGAUGCUAGGCAAGACGGGUGUCGUGGUGAGCGUAGACAAGGAUGGUGACGUGAACGUCAAGAUGGACGCUGAUGGUGACACCAAGUUGUGGAACCCCUCGCUGCUGAUCCUCGGCGGGUCAGGUCUGUCAACGGCUAGCCUGUCCGUGGGUUCCAAGGCGACGAUCAAGUGCGUGAGAGUGGACGAGGCGAAGGCCGCCCAGGACGGACAUGGUGGCUGGAGCAGCAACAUGGGCAAGUACCUCGGCAAGUCGGGCGACGUGUCGUUCAAGUUUUCCGACGGCGACGUCAAGAUUAAGUUCGCCAGCGGGGACGAGUACUGCUGGAGUCACGAGUUGGUGCUGCCGGGGACGCCAACCUUAACUCCGACGUCCUAUGAAGUGGGAACGCAAGUGAUGAUCUCUAACGUGACCGUGGACGACGCCAAGGCGGCGCAGGACGGGCACGGCGGCUGGAACAGCAGCAUGGGGAACUACCUCGGCAAGGUGGGCACCGUAUCGUAUAAGUAUUCGGAUGGCGACAUGAAAGUCAAGUUUGAUGGUAAUGAGUACUGCUGGUUCUGGGGUCUGGUGGGGCCAGCGCCGACUGGCGGCACCUCCACUGGUGGCGGCACCUCCGGCUCCACUGGUGCCUGCACCCCCGGUGCACACAAGGGUGUAUGGCGAGGCCCCGAAACCAAGUACUGGUGCUCUACCUCCACCAUGACCGAGGGGCCCCUUUGCACCCAUGGUGCCGCCAUCAUCAAGGCGCCGCACUGGAGCUGCUGCGGCGCCAAGGAAAAGUGCCCUGGGUGUACGCGACACAUGCUUCAUCGCGGCCUUCUCGUACUUGAUGUGUAUCCUUGGGGCCUGGGAGUGGCUCCUUCAUGGGCCCCCAACCCGCGUUAG